AAGAUGAAGAAGAUGAGGAUAAGGAAGGUGACGAUGAUGAGCCAGAGUUAGACGAUGCAAUGGGUGAAGUUGACGAGAGCGAUGAAAAUAAACUGGAUCCAGAGCUUUGGGAUAAAGAAGACGAUAAAGAUGAGAAGCAAACCAAUAAAGAUCUCGACCAGAACAAUGAAGGAGUAAAUGAAAAAAGCGAUCAACUUACGGCCAAGGAUGAUGAACGACAGAAGAAUCCUGAACUGAAGGAGCGGGAAUCAGAGGAGCAUGACGAAGGCGAUACGGAUCAGGAUCGCGAUCUGGAGAAUGUUGACGAACGCAAUCAAUCGGACGAAAUGAACCCUGAUGAGCAGGAAUGU